UCAAAAUGACUCACAGACGCUCAGGCCAUUCGUGGUUUUAAAACACAGUUUACUCAGCUAAGUAGCCCACGACCUUCAACAACUUUAUUUAAACUGUUGGUGAGCGAUUAACUUUAGCGAGGAAGUCCUGUAAAAGAAGUUCAUACUGAGGAAAAGCUACUGUGUUCAGUUCAAGGAAGUAAAAAUUUAGAUCAUGGCUCCUCUCAUGUUUAAAGAUGCUUUCUGGGGGUCUGAUAUCACUUCUCACGCUGGGUAUGACGCUGUGAUCCAAAGGAUGCGAGACGGAAGGCACAUGUGCAAAGAUGUGGAGGAGCUUUUAAAGCUGAGGGCACUAGCAGAGGAGAAGUAUGGGAAGGAACUGGUGACUAUCGCUCGCAAAGCUGGAGGACACGCAGAGAUCAGCACCUUGAGAGCAUCCUUUGAACUACUAAAAACACAAAUCGAGAACAUCGGUAACUUUCACAUCCAACUGUCUGAUAUAUUGAAAGAGGAGGUGAAAAAGAUUGAGACAUUCAGAGAACGGCAGAAAGAACAGAGGAAGAAGUUUCAAAGCAUCAUGGAGAAGGUUCAGAAGAAAAAAGUGUCUUUGUAUAAGAGGACCAUGGAGUCUAAGAAGACCUACGAGCUGAGAUGCAAGGAGGCGGACGAGGCAGAACAGGGGGCUGAUAAGACAACGGUCGCAUCCAAAAACUCAGAAAAGGUCGCUUCCUGUGUAAUGUUUGUUUCACAGGUACGUCACAGGGCCAAGCAUUGCAGACAGGCCGCCACCGAAGCAGAGAAUCUGUACAGUUCCAACAUUGUUCAGCUUGAAAGUGUUCGCCAGGACUGGGAAGAAACGCACAGAAGCACCUGUGAGGUGUUCCAGCAACUGGAGGGAGAUCGCAUCGGCAUGCUCAGGUGUGCUCUCUGGGACCACUGCAAUCAUUUCUCCAUGCAGUGUGUCAAAGACGAUGAGGUUAUCGAGGAGGUGAGGAAGUUACUGGAAAAGUGUGACAUCACCACAGACAACAACUAUUUCAUAGGGAUGAAAAGCACGGGAUCGAGGCCUCCAGAGCGCAUACUGUUUGAGAACUACUACCAGACGGAGAGAUCUGGGGACAGCAAUGGCCAAGCCCAAUUCGCAGGAGGAGGAGGAGAAGACAUGAUGUUGAGAUCACUCAGGUCCUCUGAUCCCCUUCUGGCAAGCUCUGUGAACAUCAGUAUCAACAGUCUUCAAAGCUCACAAUCAGCACUGACACCUUUUGGAGAGUCUUUCCCUCUGGCUUCAGCUGAGAUAUCAGAUGGAGGAUAUGCGCCCCUAUCAGGCCUCCAGCAGGCAGCAUCACUGGCCACAGUUCCAGCGGAUGAAGAAACCUACAUUGUACUUUAUGAAUAUACUGCACAGGAAGGAGAUGAAUUGUCUGUCAGUAGAGGGGAUACAGUCCGAGUGUUGGAAGGAGGAGAUGAUGGCUGGUGGACAGUGGAGAGGAACGGGCUGACUGGACUGGUGCCAGGAAACUAUCUGGGCAAAAUCUGAACACACAAACAUGUGCAUCGUGUAUCAAACUUGCAAAGACACAUAAAUGAACAUAAAGACAUGCCACUUCACUGGGGCAGUCCUCGACCAAAGAAAUUCUUAUAUUAUAUACACUUAUACGAUGUUAACGACUAAUCGUUUAGUUGAUUUAAUCGACGGAUCUGUAAAACCGUGUUUCUCAACAAAGAAUCACAUGAAAGCACCGCUUUAAAUCUUGUGUUUACCAGAGAUGUGCUCAUAAGUUUCUUAGAAAUAAGUCAUUAUCUGGAAAAAAAAA